AUUUGAUACAUUUAAGUUUGUAUUAAUCAAGAUGCAAUGUCUAAAUUCUUGAUCGUUCAUUCUGGGAUCUAAGGAUGCUAACAGCUGAGCCUGAGAUUUGUUAUUCCAAACCGUCCACAAGGAAAUAAUUAUUCUGUAAAUGGAAAUAUUGACUGCUUUGAAAUGCUGCUAAUAUUCAAAACAAGUGGAAAGAAUGCGCCCGAAUGUUUUGUGGCGCUGCACUUGCCGUAGUUGUUGCUAACAUCCGGCGGUUGCUGGGAGGCCAAUGGCUGCAGUGUUUCUGGUGAUGUUAUACGAGUACUCCCCGCUUUUCUACAUAACGCUCAUCUUCGUGUGUUUUUUUGUAACGACAGCUGUGAUAUUUGGAUGGUUUGUUUGGGACAUUCCUGUGAUAAUCCGUAAUUCGGAGGAGACAGAGUCCGGGCCUGGGGUGCAGAGGAAGCGCAUGAUACAAGUGAAAAACCCCUUCUCCUUGGAAAUAAUAAAUUCGCUUACAGCGUCUGUAACAGGUGGAAUAGCCCUCAAAUCAAACUGCAUAGAGAAAUGUACUUUGACUAUCUAUUGGGGAUGCAGUGUUCAUAAACUCCAUGAAGGAUUACGAAAGCACAUUUACUGCUUUAGAAUAAAGCUGCCACAGAAACUAGAGGAAGCAGUAGACAAAGAAUAUCUCUAUCGAGAGGAAUUUCUGUAUCUUUUUUCAUUUCUGAUGACCAGGCUUAGUAUUGAGAAGGAAAGUGAUGAUGAAAUAUUUCCUCGGCUUCCUGAAUAUUUAGCAAUUAAAGACUUUGGGGAUCUUCCGCGAGCACGAUAUCCAUUAGUGGCAUUGCUAACAUUAACAGAAGAAGAAAAUUGGGAUAUUUAUGAAAUUAUUUCAAUGAUAACAGUAAUCCAUGUUCCUGAUGAGAAGUACAAACUUGCCUGUCGUAUUUUGUACCAGUAUCUACUGACUGCUCAGGGUCAUGUAUAUGACCUUAAGUGUAAUGCGACUGCUAACUUCAUACUCGUCUUCCAUCUGGACUUUUUUCCCAUAACUGCAGGAGGAACUCAGCAAGUCAGGCAGCAUCUAUGCAGGGAAAUAAAUAGUUUUUAUAUGCCAUCCUCCCAAUUUUGGGUCUACCUUUUUUCAUUUCUGCUGCUGUUUUGACUUACUUAUUUUAAUACUGAUAUGUAGAUUUCUCUAAGAAGCCUAACAUUUAUUAUAAGUAUGAAUCAUCAGCAAAUUUAAGAAAUGGAGCAUUAAGCACAACAAAUAUCAAUGCACUAGCUUGCUAAUUUGAUUUUUUCCGGUCUUAGAGGUCUGAGCAAGCUGGACCUCUGAAUUUGUGAAGCAUUUGUGUGCCAGUGUUGGCCUGAACAGUGAUUUAGACAUUAUACUGUAUAUUCUUUGUCCAUUUCCCCAGAAAGCCAAAGUAGCCACAGCUAUCUUGGUAUUUGUUAAAAGUUUUUGAACUGUUUUAACCUGCCUCUUAAUAGUCAGACAUGAAAAAGUACAUUUGGAAAAAUAUGUAAUUUAGUUUAAAUGUUAAAAUAAAAUAACUUGAGUGGUUGGCUUUACCAAGGUGAUUAAUCUGUCUCUAAUCAACUGAAUCACUGCAUUAUGCAUGUGUGGUGCAGCCUAACCACCUCUUCCCCCCCCCCCCCCCCCACCAUCCCACUGCAACACACUAAUACUUUACUGCAGGGCCCAAUGGGAAGUUCAGCAGCAGUGCAGAUAAUUAAUAAUGAGCUACAGAUGCUACAAAUAUGGAAUAAAGACAGAAGAUGCUGCAAAUAUGCAGCAGGUAAUGCAACAUCUGUAGAAAGAGAAAUCGUUAACAUUUCCAGUGUGGGAGACUUUGUGGCAACUAGAAAAGAGAGAAUAUAAAGUUGGGUUUCAGUAGUCGAGAAGGUGUGGAAGGAAUCAAUAGAACUUAGGGAAUAUCUCUGGGUGAGUCCAAGUGGUUUGAAGUAGAGUGGCAUUUAGAAUUGGAGUAUACUACUUUGUUAGGAGCAACACUGAGACAUUAUCAGCAGGGUAGAUUAUAUUAAUAGGAUAACAAAAGCAGAGCAAAAUGAUUAGCAGAAAUGACCAGUUCAGUUACAGUGAGAAUUUGUUACCCAAAAUGGGCGAGAUUAGAAUGGAGCAUGAUGGCUGCAGUGUGCCCAGACAGAAGAUAAGGUGUUGUUCCUUGAGCUUACCAUGGUCCUAGGAGACAGCAUGGCAGCAUAGCAGCUAGCACAACACUUCACAGCACUAACAAAGGGAACAGAUAAAAGGCUAAUUUGCUCUGGUUCUGUUUUGAUUAAAAUUAAUAGCUUGUUUGAUUAAAUUAUGGAAAAAAAUAGUAUCAUCUGAAGUUUUAAUUUUGUGAUAUUUAUU